ACAGAUACGAACGGAAAUUAUAGCAUUACGCUUCAAUCACGUCCCGUCAAUAGCAAAGACGCGCGCGUCUCUAUUCUUAGUUUGACGAGUAUUCUCAUCUCGGCUGGUAGUAUCUUUAGCAGCAAGAGCCUCCGUUUCCGAAUGGAUACACUGGACUUUAAAUUAGAUACUGUCCACUAAAUAAAACGAGUGUCGAAACUGUUUAACAGAAUAAAUAUCAGUGCAUGUGUGUAAUUGUAACUAUCGACAAUCAAGAAACAAAACUCUCUUAAUGUUGUGUUGAGAAUUGGUUAAAUUAAUUGUGUUUUGUAUGGUGACAAACAACAAAUGACGUGAAGAAUUUAAUCAAAGAAAUGUAUAUAAAGUUCUCAUUAAAAGUUUCGAAACCUCUGCCGCGAUACAAUAAACGUAUUUUCUUCAGUCCCUUUAUUUCAUUAUAAUGGCGUUUCUCUGGUGCGUAAUUACAACAUUCAAGGCUGCAACAUCAAGCGGACUCUCGAUUAUUAUUUUUGAGAACAAUAUCAGAGAGAAAAAUUUUACCACCUCGUACAUAAAUCCUCGGAAUGGAGCUAAGAACGGUGAAGCUGUUGCUCUACUCGGCCCUAGUGGUCACCAUGUGCCGGAGCGAGGAAGACUGGACAGCUCAAUGCUCGCCAUCUUGCAAGUGUAUGUGGAUCUCCGGCAAGAAGACAGCUGAAUGCAUCAAGCAGAAUCUCACACAGAUACCUGAUGGCCUGUCGCCGGAAAUCCAAAACUUCGACCUGACCGAGAAUCGUAUCACGCAUCUGAUGCACGACUCGUUCAGCCGAGUGGACUUGGUGAACCUGCACAAGCUGGUGCUACGAAAAUGCGAGAUCGAAUCGAUUCACACGGACGCGUUCAACGGACUAAAGCUCGUAAUCGAGAUCGAUUUGUCCGCGAACUACAUUAGAACCCUGUACCCUGGCACGUUCGAGGAAACGCAACGACUCAGGGUGUUACUAUUAAACGAAAAUAAACUGAAGGUGCUUGAGAACGGACUGUUUCGCGAUCUAACUUAUCUACAAAAAGUAACGCUAUCCAAUAACGAGCUUGAACGAAUAGAGGAAAGGACGUUUCGUGAUUUGCCGGAUUUGAGGAUGUUAACCUUGGACGGGAACAAUUUAACCAUGUUGAGGCUACAGAGCUUCGAUUCGUUGCCGAAACUUGGCAGUUUGGAAUUGAAGAACAAUCCAUGGAACUGCAAUUGUCGUUUGAAGUCCUUCCGCGAUUGGACAAUCUGGAAAAAUUUGUAUACGAAACCCACCACGUGCCACCAGCCGCCCAGUCUUGCGGGAAAAAUGUGGAACGAGAUAAGGAGUGAUGAGUUCGCCUGUAGGCCAGACAUUUCCACAAUCGGGCCAUCGGUUAAGGUUGAAAUGGGAAGGGGGAACGUGACUUUCUGGUGCAAGGCUUCCGGGAUCCCGAAACCGCAGCUCACCUGGGUGUACCGCUCGAGAGUAUUGAACAAUGAUACCAGACGUCACAACGGUGAGAAGAACUACAUCUUGAGAUCCAGCCACGAAUGGUUAAACCUAACUAUACCGGACGUGGUGCACUCCGACAAAGGCGAUUACGUCUGUCUGGCGAAAAGUCCCGGCGGGAACACUGAGAAAAACGUGACCCUUAUGAUCGCCGGCGAUGCUACAGGCGGCAGGGACAAUAUAAUCAGCCUACCGCUCGCUCUCGGUUUAGGCGUGACCGCGUUGGUGUUUCUGUCCGUCACCGUGUUCCUUUGCGUGUGCUAUUGUCGUCGCCGACGGAUGAGACACGACGAGAAGAGUCUGGAGGCGGCCUCGAUGGAGCAUGGUUUAGGUGAACAGGAAAAGUCCCUCAUCACAACCAUAAAUCCCGUGGUGAAGCCAGCCAGACGUUACGAGGCGCCUUCGGUGACAUCGCACGGCACCGAAAUGACGGAGCUGAAUCGUACAUUGCUGGACAACGACUCGGUCUUCGCUGACGGUAUCGGUGGGGGUGUCGGAGGCGGAGUGAUCGGCGGCGUCGGCGACGACGAGAGGGAAGAACGAACGACACUGGACCUCGAGCCCGGCACCGGCACCCUGUGCCGUGCUGGAACCGGCAGCUAUCGCCAGUAUCCGCCGGAUCUGUUGGCGUUCUCCGGCGGACGGGGCGCGUCGCCAACUAGCCAAGCGUCUACAGCGCCGGACAACACUCGUCUGCCGAGCCAACACGUGACGUCCACCGCUGCUACUUACGGUUCGCCGUCGAGCCAAUAUCCGGCCGCCUUCAAGACUCUGCCGCACAACCGAAGCGUCACCCCUUACGGGAGCUCCACGAUAGCGCCUGUGAUGCCAAGACACGGAUACGUGACCAUACCGAGGAGACCGAGAGCACCAAGCUGGAGCAGCGGGCCACCUACAUCACCUACGGAUGGAUUGGAACCAGUUUACGACAACCUUGGAUUAAGGACUACCGCGGAUGGCAGUUCGGUACUAUCAUUGAACAAGAGUCCCGAGCCAUUGUCUUCGAUGAGAAAUCGACCCCUACCUGGGACACCUAAUUCGCAUUACGGUACUAUACAACGGAGCACACCGAACAUACUGACGAGCAGUCCACUCGAUAGAGCUGCGCCGGAAGGCGCGGCCGAAUGGCCGACGAAACUCGCCGACGAAUCAACGGACAGUAAUAUUCUCCUUGGACAACAGCAACAACAAUCGGGUGGCAGUAACACGCUCGGAAGGAAGGUGCCUCCCAGGCCACCGCCAAAACCUAAGAAGAAGUCGGCGAACGGACCAUUGUACGAAGACGAGGGCGAGGAUGGUACGGAGGUAUGAUCGACGUACAUCGGUCGGCGAAGAUGAGGCCGGGAGGUCGUGGCAGUGGUGAGCACAAGGAACGCUUGACCGACGCCACAAUAAACCGGUAGUGCCUUUCAAGAAGAGACGACCUAAACCGCGGCGUCCGCGGGCCGAUGUUCGGUUUGAGCGCGUAAGUUUGUGCCGACGAAUGAACGUACCGGAGCUCCGACGUCCGGUGGACACAGAUACGAAUGGUGAACCGCUGACUCAAACCGGAAAACAACGACGAAAGUUUCUCGGACGAGACGCCUAUCGUCGGUCACAUUUUUUUUAUCGUCGUGUUUUCCCUUCCCCUUUUCUCUCCUCUCUCUCUCUUUUUAUCUACAGUUUUAUGUAUUUUUUUUUUAAUUUAUUUUGGCUCGCAAUGUAUGACCUCGUGAUGACGAACACAUGAACUCUUUCUGUGACCCGCAACAUCGACACACGAUUCUUCACGGUGAACUUUUGGCACGCACACGACUUUCGUGCACGUAGGUGAAAAUAGACGAUGUACUUUCGAAUCGUUUCGCGAAUAAUCAUCCAUUGAGGCAGGUGUGCCCUAAGGUACUUCUAUCUUGUCUCCAUUUAUACUAUAAGACUAAUAAUGUACGAUACAAAGUUUGUCGUUGAUAUCACAGUGAAUAAGACACAUAAGACAACUUAAGACAGUUUGACCUCUUUUGUUGGUAAGAAGGCAUAGUGCACAAUGUAAACAAUACGUAUAUGUCUUAAUAUAAUAACUGUUUUUCUAACAACUAAAACUAAAUGCAUUAUUACGUUAUCUUCCUUCGAACGUACCCUAAAAUUGAGAACUGUUUUUGGAUAAUAGAUUUGCAGUGUGCAUUAGACCUUUCAAGUUCAGAGAGAUAAAUCUCGAUUAAUCGCUGGACGUAACGAACAAUAUGAAAGUUUCGUACUUGACUUCAAUCCUAACGAAUAAACUGUUGGACACUGUGGGUUCACAGAAGAUCAUAGACAAUUUCAUGUAAAAUAGAAAGUAACAAAACGUUAGCAUUAAAAAUAACGUAUCUUCCAGAACGUUUAUCUUAUUUUUCGACAUGUAUGUCUAAAGAGAAUCGCGUUCGAACCGCAGCGCGGCCGUCGUAGAUACGAUGUAAUGUAUAUUAUUUUAAAAGACUAAUCUUUCGUAAAAUGAUCAAUGACGAUCAGUAGUAUACACUUUUACUCCAUUCAUUUAUUUUUUUAUUUUUUAUUUAAUCUUUUAUAUGCACCUUUAUGCAGGACGGAAGAUCUAUUCUAUACGAUAGCUUACUGUCAAUAUAUUUUUUAUUCAAAAUAUGCAAAGCAGUGCUUUAGUUUUGUCCCUUUUUAUAUCGAUAGGUUUAGAGUGAUGUUUCUUUCUUCUUUGGCUAAGUGUUAUACGUCAGUACUCGAUGUAAUGACAUCAAUUGGAAUUAAACAUAAACUUAUCGCGUUUAAGUAAAAAGGAUAAACAUAUUUAAAUACCGAGGAUGUUAUAUAGUAACUGUUUCUGAUAAUAACGAAGUUAACAAAGCUGCGUACACAUAAAUCUUCCGAUUACAUUUAAUGGUAAAAAAAAAAAAAGGAAGAUGUUCUAGUGCGAGGUCGUAAAUCGGUAUACAAGGAAGUCGGCUUCUGGAAUUGGGAAUUUCUCAAGGAUCAUGUAACGUGGUUUAAGCAGUUAAAACGUUACCGGCGACCAAACACAUAAUUUUAUUCAUGAAAUAUUUUAAUAUUCGCGCAAUGCCAUGCUACGUGUCCUUCGUUUUGACGAAGCGGAUCUCACAACAGCGUAUAUAUUGUAAAAAGAAUCAUGGUACGAUUUGUACAUACGGUGUAUCUAUAUUAUACAUUAUAUGUAAGAAAUAGCUGAUCUGUCUUCUGUUUAGUCGAAACAGUGCAAGGUGUGAUUCUGCGAUUGUUCCGUACGGCGGAAAAGGAAUUACCUGAUGAUUAACAAGGAAAGGGGACGUCUAUCUUCGAAUUAGGUGUACGACAACGUGGGGAAGUUAAUAUUAAAAAUACUACUGUAUACGUAACAUUUGAUGAUCUGCUUGGGCAGGCUCACAAUUGAAAAGUCUCUGUACAUUACAUGUACUUCAAGUAAUUUAAUUCUAUCACAUAAUUGGAAUAAAUAUUAACGACGUUUCAAACAAAUUAUUGUUGUUAGAUUGUGAGUGAUUAUGCAAAUUCAUAUUAUCGGUAUUUUCGUAUAAUGCACAAAGCCAAUUCGUCUAAUUUAUGAAUGAAAAACCGAGAAUAAAGUGAAUCAGUUCACAAAAUAGCAUUCUACGUUUUAGUAAAAAAAUUUGUUGUAUUUUUGAAAUUUUUAAGUUUAAAUCAAUAGAAUCGAGAUCGUAAGCAAUCUACGAAUUGACAAAUCGAGCUUAAUGAUUCUUGUACCUAGAGAAUUGCAAAAAGAAAGAGUGACGCAACCACAUCGAUCGCUCGUAAGUUUUACUUUAACUUUACGUAUUUAAAACAAAAAUAAUCAUCUGACUGAAGCUUUUAAUUGUUUUGUAAGAAGUAAUCGCAAAUUUUCGAGAAAACCUUCACGACUACCUUCCAAUUAACCAUCACUCGCGCAUCUUACCGACUCAAUUUACCGUUUAGUGUUACUCGGUACGAAAACGCGAAAGUUUUUUAUACCUUCGAUACGUUUCAUCCGAAACUUAACGUUGUGCGUAUGAGCUUAGCAGGGGAUUUUGGAAUUAAUCGUUCAUGCAACUUGUUGCGAAUACCGUUACCGUAUAGUUCAGCCGAAGGAUUCCUCUCGACGCGCGACGCGAGUUUGAAGGUUAUUAGCAGACAACAAUUUAUCGCUUAUCCAAAUUAAUAGAAUACAAACCUACAUUCCCGCCUCCUAUCCAUAUAAGAUCAUAUCUCGACUUACCCACGUAACUUAAUCGCGUUCAACGGAUAAUUCAACACGAUUGUAACUCGGAUAUCGAUGCAACAAUAUUACAUUUCAUAUUAUCACCUAUUACGUUAGUCUCAUAUGAUCCUAGUUUUUAUCUUAAAAAUUGUGUAACCAAUUUGUGAAUUAAUUAUAGUAUGUCAUUUGUAUCUGUAAUUAUUCAUAAUUAUAAAUAUAUUUUGUUACACUUGGCUUUCACUUGAGGAAACGCUUAACAUUCUAGUAUAAUAUUAAUAUACUUCGAAGCUGAUUUUUCUUUUUUUAUUAACAACUGAAAAUUGGUUUAGUUCAAUUGAAAUGUUAAUUACGAUUAACAACAUUUUCAAAUGCUAAAUAAAAAGAAAAAUACUAUUCUUACUGAUUUCAAUUUUUGAAGCUGAUUUUCACAAGAAUUUCACAAUACCAUAUAAAACUAAAACUUUCCUUAUAUUUUUAUAUAAAAAGAUUUUGUACGAGAUUAAUAGUAUAAUACAGGAGAAUCUAAAUUGUAAUGUUGUUUUGCAUAAAUGUUUACGCAACUUACGAUCGUGUUAGACACUCUGCCGAAAUACAAUGUUAUUGCAUCGAUUUUCCAGUUACAAUCAUAAUAAAUUAUCCGUGAAAUACGAUUAUAUUGCACAAGUCCGCCGAGAUACGAUUUUACGAAUAGGACGUUUCGAUAUGUUGAUUUCAGUUCUUUAUACGAAGGAUUCUGCUCCCCUUUGACCGGGAUUUGCUUUGAACCGUUUUACCUUCAAUUUGCUUAGAAAAGGUAAUACCAAUUAUUUCAUGAAAAAUAAUUUAUGCAGAUCGAUCGAUCGUCUGCUCGUUAAAAGAAUUAUUGAUUCAACGUUCGUUCGUAAAGAACGAUGAGAAAGGUUUUUAAAUCUUACGGUCUUAAUUUAAUCUUUUCGUUGUUACAUAAAUAAUAAUAUUCUUUAUCCGACGUUUCAUAUCGUGAAUUACUCAAACAAUCAUUUUAUACACUACCACUGUAUUACAGCCAUGCGCAAUUCAUUUCAAUAUUUGAAUGACAAUGACCUAUCAGUGGCGACAAGGUAUCUUCCCCGUGAAUCGUAAUUCGCCUAAACAGUAUUACACAAUGAAUCUGAAAACGAUAAUGCGAUGUGAGUGGGACGACUCGGAGAAAAAUUGUUGCGCGAUUGUGUAACUUCACUUUUCCGGUUGUUUUCACAAGACUAGUGCAUGUAUUUAUAAAAGGAGGUAAUAAAAAAAUUGCUAUCAACGGAUAUCGGCAUUGAUAGUUUUAUUCUAUUUCGAAUUUAAAUAAGCACAAUAAAAGUUCCAACAUUCGGAAAUAUAACUAAUGGUAAAAAUGACCAAUGGGUCUUCUGCAGUUUUCAUAAAAAGAACACAAGAGCUUCGAUUGGCCCACAGCCGAAAGUCAGGGUUGCACGAUCGACGCACAAAUUGUUUUAAGCGGCCUAGCAGAGUCGCGGCUCGUCCGAUCCAAUAGUCGUGCCGCGCCCUGUAAAUACACAUGAAACUUUAGUUGCACGCUAAUUCACAACGUGGUUUAUUGUAUAAACGUUAGCACGUUCGAAGUAAAGCGCGACACGACCGGCUGGUACGGCGCCACGAGUAUAUUUUUGUAAUUUUGUAUUUUGAAGAGUUCUCCGGCCAAUCAGUCGAUCCCGCCAAUCAUCGCCGCGGCGAAGAUACACUCGUCCCUGUUGCAAGGAAUUAAACUGAAUUCAAGCUAUUCGUACACCUGCUAGCGAAUCAAAUCGAGUGAGAUGAAAUACGGCGCAACAGUUAUACAUGUGUUUCUAAAGGGCCAUCUCUUCAAUUAAUUUCUCGACGAGCGUUUACCCGGCUGUCCACGUCGAUUUCUACAUUCACAUUGACGCUUCUUCACUAUAAUUCCUGGGAUUAUGAUUUUAUUUAGAGUAGAAUGCAGAUAAAUGAAAAUUCAAGAGGUUCGCGUGCCUCUUAUUGUUAGAGCAUGUACUACUGCAAGCAACUUCCAUACACGUCACACGAGUAUAGACAAAAUCGUAAAUAGAGAGAGAGAGAGAGAGAGAGAGAGAGAGAGAGAUACAGUUUAUCUAUUUACAUAUUACCUGUUUCUCUUAGCACAGGAUUGGCCACGAUCUUUUUCUUUCAAAUUCCUUGUUUCAAAUCAUUUUGAAUACUAGCAAAUGAGAAAAGGGACAGUGUUGUAAUUAAUACCGUGCUGUAAGAGAAAGAUAGUAUAUGUAUAACUAAACAUUUCUAUCCUGUGUACAUCUUUAAAAGCACUUGAAAAGCAAGUAGUACAUGCCCUAAUUCUUGUAAACCUAACUUCUCGUUCAAAAUUUAGGAGAAAGUUAGAGGAUUUUAUGUAAUAACUUCUGUACGAUACGGCAGUACGGUAUGUUAUAUUAUUUAGAACAAUUAUUUGAAAUCUGACUGAUGAGAUCAAAUAAUUCUUUCCUAAAGUCCUAAAGAACAAGAUACAGAUUAGAAAGGACGUUUUUACCCACCAGCAAGAUUUGUUUCACAUUCGACACAUUCCCGUGAACGUCAUCUCCCAAGCUCGGUUGCUUCCAUUUAGUGAAUAGCGGCACGAACAUACACGAAUGAAAAUAGAACAUGCAGAAUCCCCACAAUUAUAGGGUAGGGGGGUCAGUCGUGUACUACUUGUAUGUCCUCUGUAGUAUUAAGUAGCUGCGUCGUGUUUACCAGAGAAUGCACAUGACAAACCAGCACCAGUCGGUGUGCAAUUAUUAUCGCGAAGAUACUUUGCACGCUUGUGGUGUUAAGCUGUUCGACGUUUUAAUGAAACCGUCCUUUUUGACAGCGAAACGUUGCAAUAACACACAAUUUACAACGGGUACUCGGCAAGCAGAUCGUUUUCGCAGUCGAUUAAAACGCCUAGAGAACGCAUCGAUCCUUCGUCAACGUCUUGUCCCUUAAUGACUCUGCGUAUCUACCUGUCAGGUAUAUAUCCGCUUGAAGUCGUUACUCCAGAACGGAAAUUAAAUUCCGAGUAGAUGAAAAAGCGAUAGCGGAAAAACGGAGGUCGAUGUCCGUGUAAUUGCAAACACCGGUUACACUGGUGUUGGUCAUGUCUCGAUUUGGCAUUUUUAACGAGGAACACGCGCUUCGAGUUUGAACGAACAAACGACUCGCGUCAUAGGUGAGGACGCUAAUGGAGAAUAAUAUUGAAUGGAUAAUGUCCAAGCAUUUAUGACCAGUUCUUCUUAUUGAAUCGUGAAAUUAUCGAAUCGACGAUUGGCAAGUGAACGCGCGAAACAUAAUUGGGUCAAGGGAUGACACGUUGUAAGUUCUUAGAAAUCACGUUGCAAAUCUCUAAUAUGUCAUUAUCUUAAUAUACACUAAAGUGCAAGGCUGAAUCAACAUCCUCUAUCCUGUUUUUAUAUGUCGGAGCACACGACUCGAGUUCUUUUGAGUACUUAGCUAGAUACGUUAGAGUAGAGAAAUUUAAUGAGUAGAGAACAUUUCGAAGAAAUAGGAAUCAUGAGAAAGACGGUAAAGGUCGCUUUUCUCAACGCUCUCAUCGUGGUUUGUAAUGAAAACUCCAGCAUCCAAUUAUGACCAUUUAUAUAAGAUUAGUAUGUACGUGCUGAAAAUUUUAUCGAAAUCGGUUAUCGCUGCUACGAGCUAAUCAGGUAAAAUGGUGAUAAACGCAAUUAAAUACGAUUUUUAGCCUGAAAUCUACAUGCUUCGAUGUUUGACGCUUUUUUCGAUUUCGAUACAAGGAUUUCCAUAGAAUUUUCAACAUGCACUAAUCUCAUAUGAAUGGUCAAAAUGGUUUUGUUCAAAUUUUCAUUGCAAGCCCAAACAAAAAUGUUGAAAAAGCGACUUCCACAUUUGUCCUCACGAUUUCUACCAAUUUCAAUUCUUCCGGAAAUUCUCUCUACAUAUCAUUUAGCAAGCUAAUGUACCUAAUUACUAAAAAAAACUCGAGUCGUUUGAUCUGAUUUUAAAAACUUAUCCAGUUCCGAAGCAUGUUGGUUCUAUUUUACUGUUUAAAAGCAAAUAAAAAUCGACCAGUCAGUUGUACUUAAACAUUUUCAGUUCUACGCAGACAAUAGCACAGUAAUUUUUUCGCAAUUGUGCUUUAGUCAUAAUAACUUAUAGAUUAUAAUAUCCUUAGUUUCGUCAUUGUGAUGUUAGAAUAAAUUCUUCAUCUGUCAAAGUACCGUCCAGUACACCGAUCCGAUCGUAAUCGUUUGAAAUUUAACAAGAUUGACCGCUGCCAACAGUUUUCAUAAAGAAUCAUGAUUCGAUUACUUUUAUGAAAAGUUUUGAUAUCUGUCAUAAUCGAUUAGAGUACUUCUUUAAAUACAUAUUGUUAAAAACAAACAAAAUAAUAAAUGGAAAGCAUAAGAGAAACGUCUUUAUACAGCGUAAUAAAAUGUUUUCAGAGCUGAUAGUUUGUUAUUUAAUCAAGAUUGUGUUCGCAUAGUGAAUUUUAAUUAUAUAUUUCUGUCUGUGAAAAUUGAAAUUUAAUUAUCUCGCUGUAUUUAUUUUAUAAUUAUUUAAUGGAGAAACAUCAUUAAACGAAACGAAUGAUACUUAUUUAAUACGUUCAAGAGAGAGCACUAAUAAUAUUUUUAAUUACAUACGUACAUUCUAUCGUUCUGGAGCGCAUUCUUUCUCACUCAUUUGCUUCUUUCACAAAUAUAAUAGAUAUUGUCAGAGUACAGAAACCUGACGCAAUUCAUUAAGAUUACAUAAUUAAUUCUCUUUCUGAAGUAAGAGAUAAAAUGUUGAUCCGCUGCACAAAAAUUUUUAAAAAUAUGCAUACAAAAUUAGAAUGUCAAAGCUUAUUUUUUUUUGUCGAAUUUCAACGUCAAAGAAAUUGUAUUCUUAACAGAAAAAUAAAAUGAUUUAACAAAUGGCCAACGUUAUUAUGAAAAUAAAAAAAUGUACUAACUGCGAACUUAAAUUAGUUAUAUUAUAUUUCGCAAAAACGAGCGAAUAACUAUACUUUAACAUAACACGUUCACUGCCAUUAUCGAAACGUUUCAUCGGAUUUCAUAGGAUAAAAAAUUGAUGGGAGAAUAAAAAUUAAUUCAUGUUCAUUAUUACCGAUAGGCAUGCCAGCAGAAGUAUAAUACAGUUUAAAAGGACGCGUAGACACGAGUGAAAACUACGAAUAGACUUCAUCGCGAAAGAUUACACGACGCGAUAAAAUUUUGGCGUAAGCUGGGAUUGUAUGGACUAUAAGCUGUAGAGCUUUAAAAAGGUUUAUUCGGCUUGUCUCCAUUGUCGCACAAUGGUAACAUCUGGCUCAUCCUACGUUAUACGUAUUAUAAAAGAUGUACCGAUAAAGUCUUCUGAAAUCAUGAACCUUGGAGGCAGUAUGAAAAUACUUAAUUCUAAUUUGUAAGAGAGAGAGAUUGUGCAUUCUCGAUCGAUCGCUCGGACUGUAUCCUAAUCGUCGUUGAAACUGGCUAAUUUACUCGCAACAUCAUUACCUGUAUCAUAUAAUAUAUAGACAAGAACUUUCUGUAUGUAUAUUGUAAAACUGUGAACAACGUACUGUGCGAAGCAUGUUCCUGGUGAAGAGUAUGUAUGUACGUGUAGUCAGGACGCUAUAUCCUGUGGAUUCAGCUGCGUCCAAAUUUCUCUCAUUUGAUUAGAGCGUACGUUCUAUGGAGGUUCUAUGGGGCCGAGUCAUGAAUAAAUGACAAUGUCAUUAACAUAUUUUCGUAUCUCGUGCAGCACUCCGUUGUACAGGAUAAAGAUGCUACUUGAAGCGUUUUUAUCGCAUGAAUAAAGAUUAUUAUACAUAUAAAUGUAAAGGAAACUGUUUGCGUGUCAGGAUAGAUAUGUAUGAAACUCCGUAGGGGGAAAAUAUACCGAUCAGAUUUUUUCUUUUAAUUUUAGAUUCUAGAUGGCAUAGGAACGUUAAGGCUAGAUAAUGGAGCGAGAUGAAAAUCUUUGCGAACGUUGAACAUUUUGCCUUUUUCCUUUCUGCUUUAUUAAAUUUAUUGCCAGUGUAAUUAUUAACAUUCUAGUUAUUAUUACUAUUAUUACUCCCAAUAAUAUUAGUAUUGUUAUCAUUUAAUAUUCCUGUCUAAUUGCUGGAUUUAGUAUCGUUAUGUUGCGUUGUUAUUAUUAUUAUUAUUAUUAUUAUUAUUAUUAUUAUUAUUAUUGUGAUCAUAAUUAAUAAUGCAGGAAGUUUUUAGAUAUUAUGAAAAAUUAUACUUGCCUUCUAAUAGUUCCAGUUCUGCAUAACAUUUCGGUCAAUCAUAAUUUAUAUACCAUUCAAUGUACUAUCAUUGUAAAUACUAUACAUAUUUUAUAAAUAAAAUAUUUAGCGUAACCGUAAUGUUAAGAGAAUGUACUGAAAGCACCAGUCUGUACACUCCGACUACAAUGAUUAAAUUUUAAUAAAUAUCUCCCAAUCCCA